ACAGUCUUCUUUCUUUCUGUUGUGGCACCUCGUGCAGUUAUUAUUAGAGCAGUCCCCAAGAUCUUGGUAAGUCAUUCUCAGCGCACGUCUACUUUGUACGACUAGCUGACCUGAACAGAUGUAACCUUUGAUAUAUGCACUAACCAGACGGCUAUCUAUGAGAGCUCAUUUCUGAUGCGUUGCAGCUGCCAGUGUUUAUGUAGGUAUGCAGCAGUAGUUUCCGACAGAAUACCUUCGUCGACUUGCAACAGACUCGGGCAGAUGUUAUGAUUCCAACUGGUUUCAGCUGCAUUGCAGUUUAUCGGGACGCUGCAGCGAGCGAGGGGCAGCGCGCGGGGGCAGUCAGGUCGGUGCUGUCUGGCUGAACGGAACGUUGUAGCCAUGCUGCGGCUGCUGCUGUGGACAACGCUGCUAGCGGCGGGUGUUACCAGCUACUACACUGGUCUUCCGACCAGGACGCGUCUGGUUCGCACCAAGGAAGGUCCUGUCCGCGGUUACCUCGAAAGAAGCGCAUCUGGAAAAGCUUUCUUCGCCUUCAGGGGUAUCCCGUACGCGCGGCCACCGGUAGGUGAGCUUCGGUUCCAACCACCGCAGCGCCACCCGGGCUGGAAGAGGCCGCUGGAUGCCAAAGAACACGGCAGUGUCUGUCCGCAGAUCGACACGUUUAGCGAGACGCCGCUGAUUGGCAACGAGGACUGUCUCUUUGUGAACGUCUAUACUCGGCAGGUGCGCACCCGCAUGCAAAGUGUCAGCAGUCAGCCCGUUAUGAUAUUCGUUCACGGCGGUAUGUAUAUCCGCGGCAGCGGCAACGACCGCUACUACGGCCCCAAGUACCUGAUGGACGAGGACAUCGUGCUGGUGACGUUCAACUACCGGCUCGGAGUGUUCGGCUUCCUGACGACCUACGACGCGGCAGCUCCAGGCAACUCUGGCUUGCGCGACCAGGUGCUGCUGCUGCAGUGGGUGCAGGACAACAUCGCCAGCUUCGGCGGAGACCCGAAGGCGGUGACGAUCUUUGGUGAAUCAGCGGGCGGAGUGAGUGUUUCACUUCUGGUACUGAGUCCUCUUACUAAAGGACUGUUCCACCACGCCAUCAGCCAGUCAGGCUCGGCGCUGGCCAACUUUGGUGCCAGCGGAAGAAAAAUGGGUUUCACGGAUGAACUGGCUGAGAAACUGGGCUGUCCGGUCGCUAACAUCACUGAGAUGGUCGGUUGUCUGACCCAGGUGCCAUCAUCUCAGUUUUUAGCAAGCGCAAGUCCCUUUGAACAUCUGUAUCAGCCUCGUGUAGAUGUAGAGGUGGAGCACCCUUUUCUCCCGGAAGAUCCACGACUUCUGCUCGAGAGGGGAGACUUCAAUCUCGUUCCGUGGAUGCAAGGAGUCACAGAAGAAGAGGGCUGGCCAUUUGUGCCGAUAUUUGCCGUUGUUGAGUCAAUUUUUCUAGGUGUCAUGGAGGGCGACACGUUCUCUUGGGGCUUGAUGUCUGAUCUUACAACCAGAACGGCAUCCAGUAUUCUUGAAUGUGACGCUGACCCAACUGCAGAGGCAACCAAAGUAAGAGAUUUCUACACUGAUUUGGUCAUUGCUGAUCUGAACCCCUUCCUUCUGGUAGCUCGAGUAAUAAGUGAUCGUUUCUUCAACGCAGCUCUGUUGGCUGAGAGCAGUCUAGCGUCUCGGCACACGGCAGUCUACCAGUACAUGUUUGAGUACAAGGGACCGGGCCGACUAUUCUUCAGCAAUAUCAGCACUCUGGAGGUCUCGAACACAGACGCGGGACACGGCGACGAGCUGAUGUACCUCUUCAGUCAGACGGAGCUACCUCUGGAGAAGCCGGGCACACCGAACCACAACAUGAUCCGCAACAUGGUCAGCCUGUGGACCAGCUUCGCCAGGACCGGGAAGCCCAGUUCCGAGUCGUCAGCCGCUCCGGACUGGCCCAUCUUCACGGAGCAGAGCCAGCGGCAUAUGAGGCUCGACUCGGAUCUCACCGUCGGCGAAAAGUUGUUCGAGGAUCGGGUCAAGUUCUGGCGGACGAUCGCUGUGAACGAGCCCUGGAGGCGCCCGACGGGACCAGACUGCGAGCGACUGGAUAUCCGCUUUUCAUAUGCUCCUCUCGGAGAGCCAAUCGACGACACUCUAGCGUUCUAUAACGCCAUGCACCAGAUGUUUAAGUAGCGAAUAUGCGAUGAACUUAACAUGCCGACUGCAAUGUCUGUGUCCUUUUGUUUGUCGUGCAGUUUAUGUAAAACUACGGACAAGAGCUAUUCGGCAAUCAAUAUGAUACAAUAUCAAUCGUCCUGUCCAUUUCCUGCCAUACGUGGGUAUUUGAUUUUAUAAGCUAGCAUGUCCAUAAUGCUCAGUACUCCGAACUAUAACGCAUGUGUAUUGGACCCAUUCGUCGAGGCAUGUAAAUAAAAACAAAACAAGCAAAAACAAAACAAUGCUGCACUCCACAGCGUUUCGGAAUCAUGAAACCUGAAAGUUCGCUGAUUUGAGACUGUGAGCAUGCAUCAGGUUCAAAUUGACAAAAGCGUAGAAUGAUCAAGAUAUGGUAAGUACCAAGAGAAACCGGUGUAGGCUGAAAUGAAGGAACGUACGAACCAGCGCUUACGUCUCAAGUGCGUGUACCUUACGUUUUUCACAUACAAUUGAAAUGAUUUCUUUGACACUUAACGCUGCAAACCUAUAUAUGAAUAGUGUAGGAAUGGGAUUGUUGAAGGGAUAUGAACUUAGCUGUUUUUUUUUGCUUCCGUCAAUUUUCUUAUCCCAUAACCUUUCCCCCCAAAAAAUUGAUGAGCUUUUUAGCCAAGCGCAUGUAUUAGUAACCAACAGGCCGAAAUAAAAUGCACACUUAUUACGCAAAGCCUAUACAUCAGAUAACAUGCACGUAACCAAGUGACUCCACUGCUAAUUCUGCUACAAGCUGAAGGUGGAUUAUUCAAUGUUUUUAUCAAGAGGUACACUGAAAAAACAAAAUGAGAAUGGUUACGGAUUGGGUUUCAUGUGAAACCACGAGGUGGUCUAUAUAGUGAAAUGGUGCUUGCUUGACCUCAUUUAUUAGGGCUGUCCGAGUCUCCUGUUUGACAAGCCUGAUAGUUGGUCUCGUUUUGAACAGCGUUUGAAGCAUCAUGGGUGCGACUCUUUUUAGGGCUAACCGUGAGAAUGUUUGCCGGUCUCAUCUCAUAUCCUGCGUCGGUGUGAGGCAGCGUGGUGGUUUCAGAUAAGUGCAGUCUCUGGACUUGUUUACAUACAGCGCAUUGUCAGGCGCCAUUUGCAAAUUGUGUGCGUUGGUGUGCGCUGCGCUUGGGGUUAUAUUGUUAUAAGUAGAGACAUUCUUUAGCCAUAUAUAAAAUAUUGUGCAUGAUAACAGAGGAAACAACACACUUGCUCAUCAGUCAUGGUCAGAAAUCUUUUAAUCUUUCGCUACAGUAAGAUUUCGUUGAAAUCAAGAUUGGAAGGGCAGAUGUCAUAGUGACUUCGGCUUCUGAAGAAGGUAACGAUCUUCCCGACCUCUACAAAUUGAAGAACCAAGAGACAGUGGCGGCCGAGGAAUUUCGCUCUCUAGGAGAAGACGUUUCGCACAACCGCGCGUUCACCACGGUGUAGCGGCGGCCGGGGUGAGUGACGAGUGUUCUUUGGUUGGGGACUGCAGCGCGGCACGACGCGACUGCUUUCGCCGCGCCCAUUGCUACUGCAUGAACUAGCUUUGUGUUUGAGAGGGCUUGGGCCUUUUGUGACCGGGUCGGCAGCUCGUGGCACGACGGGACUGCCAAUUGUCUCCGCAUAUAUGCUACUGCACUGAAAUUUGUGUUUGAGAGGGCCUGGGCCUGUGUCGACCGGGCCGGCAGCGCGCGGCACGACGCGACUAAUACGAGACUAAUACAUUUUGAGAAGAAAACA